CGAAGCCGCAACCAGGGAAGGAGCGGCCCAUCUCCACACCUUCCCAGGUUCGACGGCCGUGCCCACCCAUGUGCUACAGUACAGUGCUACUUCGCCGGCGCCCGCUCUCCAACCCGCCGCCUUGGAGCUAGGCGGGACAGGCCCUGCACGUCCAUCUCACUCUCGCUCAUAUCUAACAUCCUUCACCCGCCCAUUUAAAGCCCGCCUGUGCUACCAUCCUUGACCGCCCCCAACCUGCUUGAUCAACAGCCCGCACGCCGAGUGGAUCCCCUCGCUGCGCGCACCCCCUCCACCACACAGCGGCUCAACAACAGGCCUUUAAUGCUACCAGAAGCAAACUCUCGCCGUCCCUUCUACUACACUCCCUUGAUCACCACGAUCAGCACCGUAAAAUGGCGCUAGGCUUCGGUUCCACGGCUGACAAGCCCACCGACAGCGACAGCAACGACGCCAAGAAGCCCGACGACUUCCAGGAUGCCGAGAAGCAGGCGUCCAUCGACGCUGAGCGGCGCGGCAGCAGGGUCGGCGGCGUCAACCGUCGUGACAUGACCUCCGACGACGAGGCCAGCAUCUCGGUCGGCAAGCAGAUCGAGCUGGAGGCCGGCAAUGCCAUCCAGUACCGCACCUGCAGCUGGCCCAAAACGGCCGCUCUGCUGUUCUCUGAGUACAUCUGUUUGGCUAUCAUGUCAUUUCCAUGGUCUUACUCUGUGCUCGGUCUUGUGCCGGGCUUGAUCUUGACUGUCGUGGUGGCAGCUCUGGUCCUGUAUACGUCCCUGACCUGCUGGGAGUUCUGUAUGCGCCAUCCCGAGAUUCGCGACGUCUGUGACCUUGGUCAAAUGAUCUUCUACAACCACAAGGCGGCCUUCUGGUUUACCGCCGUCAUGUUCAUCCUGAACAAUACCUUCAUUCAGGGUUUGCACUGUCUGGUCGGCGCCAAGUAUCUCAACACCAUUACUGGGCACUCCGUCUGUACCGUGGGGUUCUCCGCCAUCGUCGCACUCAUAUCGUGGGUGUGCUCUCUGCCGCGAACCUUCAACACGCUCGCUAAGGCUGCCACUUUCUCCGCCCUCUUUACCUUCAUUUCAGUCAUGUUGGCUACUAUCUUUGCUGGAAUCGAGGACCACCCGACUGGCUAUCCGGAUCAGGGCGAGCCGAUUGUUCUCGCGAUCCCGGCUGCUGGAACGGGUUUCGUGAUGGGAAUGAACGCUUUCAUGAACAUCAGCUACACGUUCAUCGGUCAGAUUACGCUCCCAAGUUUCAUUGCUGAGAUGAAGGAACCCCGCGACUUCCCGAAGGCGCUCUGGGCCGUUACCAUUGCCGAAGUAUUCGUCUUCAGCUUGGUGGGAGCCAUCGUGUACGCCUACACCGGUACCCAAUACAACACGGCCCCAGCUUUCGGUUCGCUUGGCAAUGAGACUUACCUCAAGGUCUCAUUCUCUUUCAUGAUCCCGACCAUCAUCUUCCUGGGGGUGCUGUACGCCUCGGUGUCGGCUCGCUUCAUCUUCUUCCGCUUCUUUAGCGGGUCGAAGCACAUGAGCUCCCAUACCGUGGUCGGCUGGGUCUCGUGGGCGGGCAUUCUGGCCUGUCUCUGGUUCCUCGCGUUCAUCAUCGCCGAAGUCAUUCCCUUCUUCUCGGACCUGCUGUCGCUGAUGAGUGCGCUGUUCGAUUCAUUCUUCGGCUUCAUCUUCUGGGGCGUGGCAUAUUUCCGCAUGCGACAGAAUGACUACGGACGCACCUACUUCAAGACCCGGGGCAUUAGGGGGUGGCUCGGAUUCCUCUUCAAUGUGUGGCUCUGCAUGGUUGGUGUGCUGUUUUUGACAGGCGGCACAUACGCUACGGUCCAGAGCAUCAUCGACGGGUACAAGGCGGACAAUUUCGGAGGAGCGUUUUCAUGCGAUAACAAUGGGUUCUAGAGGAUAGACGGAGAUACAUGGGAGGUUUUUGAUUUUCUGUCGAAGACUAUAGACCGUCUUCGGGGCUAUUGGCGGUUGUCUUCGUUUUCGUUCCUUCUCGGGAGACUUUGGACUGUCUUCGGGUUUACGACAGCAGGAAGAUCAAAAAAGGAUCUACAUGAUUACAGGCGUCUGGGUGCGAUAGAGGAGUCCACACCUACAAAAGUGGAAUGAGGAUACAUACGGACUUGAUGCUUCCAAACUCGGAUUUCAAAGCUCUCAAUUGCCGAUGUUUCUCGAUGCAGGAUGCAGUUUCUGCCCGCUUGCCGCACCCAGACGUCGGGUGCAGCCACAUGUCAUGUGAAGCUAUGACGUUUCGCU